AGCAGGCCCCGGAUGCACUUCCCUCGCAGGGUUGUCGGCGCAGCCGCAGUGAUCCGGUGGGUGCCCUUAACCUUGCGCGGUUUGCGGCGCGGCCCGAGGACCCGGGCGCACCGUGCGUGUGCGCGCAAGAAAGAGAGGAGAAGCGGAAGGCUACGUUCGCGGGGGAGCUGCGCCCGGCAGCCCGCCCGUCUCCCGCGUGGAAGCAUGUCUUUGGUGGCGGAAGCUUUCGUUACGCAGAUAGCAGCUGCAGAACCUUGGCCUCAGAACGCAGCAUUGUAUCAGCCGCUGAAAGACGAACAAGUUUUGCUUUCUGAUAAUGCUGCCUGCCUUGCUGUUCAGGCCUUUUUGCAAAUGUGCAACCUGCCAGUCCAGGUGGUUUGUAGGGCAAAUGCUGAAUAUAUGUCCCCAUCUGGGAAAGUGCCCUUUAUUCACGUAGGAAAUCAAGUUGUUUCUGAACUUGGCCCCAUUGUCCAGUUUGUAAAAGCCAAGGGCCAUUCACUUAGUGAUGGGUUGGAUGAAGUCCAAAAAGCUGAGAUGAAAGCCUACAUGGAAUUAGUCAAUAAUAUGCUUUUGACAGCAGAGCUGUAUCUUCAGUGGUGUGAUGAUGCUACAGUCCAGGAGAUUACCCAUCCAAGAUACGGAUCUCCUUAUCCUUGGCCCCUGAAUCGUAUUCUGGCCUAUCAGAAACAAUGGGAGGUCCGACGUAAAAUGAAAGCUAUUGGCUGGGGCAGCAAGUCGUUUGAUCAGGUGCUAGAAGACGUAGAUCAGUGUUGCCAAGCCCUUUCUCAAAGGCUUGGAACACAGCAGUAUUUCUUCAAUAAGAAGCCAACUGAAUUAGAUGCUUUGGUGUUUGGGCACCUGUUUACAAUCCUUACUACCCAGCUGAUCAGUGACGAACUAUCGGAGAAAGUGAAAGGCUACAGCAACCUCAUUGCAUUUUGCAGAAGAAUAGAGCAGCACUACUUUGAGGGGCACAACAAAGACAGCUUGGCAACUGUUCCAUCUCCGACGUUGAGGCGGUCAUUGAUGACCUGAAUGAUUUUUGGUGGCAAAAAUUUGGCAAAUGGAUCUUUGGUUUUUGCAUUGUUUAAGAGAGACUAGUAACGACUUUGGAAAAUUGGAUGAACUGCACACUUUCUGUUUGAAAACUGCCAAAACUGUUGUAGCCCAAGAGAAUGUCCUUGUGACUAAUUCUACAAACACAUAUUAUGAUGAAAUGAUUAGAGAGGGCUUUGUUGUAAUAUUAGCCUGCAUGCUGUUUUAACGUAACUCUAAAGUGUCCUUGAAAAACAACAUUGUACCAGAAUUCAACAACAAUAAAAUUUAUGACAACUCUGCAAAAACCUUUCUGCAAUCUUUCCUUUUGCAUUCUCUUGGGGUCUCCAGAUUCUUACAGCAAUUUUCAUUUUAUUCUGUAGAGUUAAAAGUUGAAUACAUGAUUCAAACUCACCCAGAAUAAAAUAUAUCUAACAAGUCAUCAUUAAGAAGGAUUAAGAAGAAAUUCCUUACAGGCCAGAUUUAAUAAACACCCUAGCCCAGGCAUUCCAAACUUUGGCCGUCCAGAUGUUUUGGGCUACAAUUCCCUUCUUCCGCAACCACUGGUCCUGUUAGCUAGGGAUCAUGGCAGUUGUAGGCAAAAACAUAUGGAGGGCCGCAGUUUGGGGAUGCCUUGACCUAGCCUCAUCUCCUCUCCUCCAUGGCUUGAAGUGCCAUGAAAGUUUCUUCUCUGCCUUAAAUUUUGUAUAUGUCUGUAAAUAAGCACAGUUUGCAAAUAAGAGUUUUCUAACCUUUCCUCUAAAUCUUGUUUAUUACAUGCGGGGUUUAGCUGAUCAUUUAGGAUUUGCCUUGCUUCAGGAUUAUUAGAUCAAAAACAAACUCUCAAAAACUUAGUCAAAAUAGAAUAAUCAAAUCCCAUUCAGAGCAAUCCCUUUUGCCCUUCUCAGAUUGAUAAACCCAGCUAGCUCAGCUUUGGUGUCACUCAAAAUCAAAGGGG